UAAUCCUCGUUCCUGCUGCGUGUUUCACGUGCAGGGGAACUCUCGGAGCUCUAUAAAAGCCCUCGGCCCCUUGGCACCUCACAUUCUGCUCCCCUGCCUGUCUUCGUUUGAGACCUGGUUUUUUCCCCCUGCCAUGAUUUACUCCUCAGGAAGAGAAUCCUACUUCAACCUGAACUCCACCUGGUACGACCCCUCGGGCUCCUGGCUGGACACGCGGCGCACGCCCUUCCGCUACGGCUACGCCACCUGCUGCUCCUCGGGCUGCCAGGGCGAGGGCGCCGAGGGCAUGAGGGGCCACGACUACCGCCACUACGGCUACCGGCAGCCCCGCUGCGCCGAGCGCUGCCACUCGGGCUCCUCGGGCUCGUGCCACGGAGGGGGGGACACCUGUGUCAGGAGACCCACGUACAGCUACGGGGCAUCAGGGGGGUGCCAGGGUUACGGGAGGUCUGUGUGCGCCGAGAGGUGCCAGGGAUACGGGAGGUCAGUGUGUGCCGAGAGGUGCCAGGGCUCCUCGGGCUCGUGCCACGGAGGGGGGUCCAGCUGUGUCAGGAGACCCACGUACAGCUAUGGGGCAUCAGGAGGGUGCCAGGGUUAUGGGAGGUCUGUGUGCUCCGAGAGGUGCCACGGGUCGGUGGCCCAAGGGGGGAAGCCGUGCUGUGGGACACCCGUGCAGAGCAUCCCAGUGCAGAGCUGUCCCCCACCAGUGCAGAGCUGUCCCCCACCAGUGCAGAGCUGUCCCCCUCCCAUGAAGAGCAUCCCAGUGCAGAGCUGUCCCCCUCCCAUGAAGAGCAUCCCAGUCCAGACUUGUCCCCCUCCAGUCCAGACCUGUCCCUGUCCCCCUCCCAUGAAGAGCAUCCCAGUCCAGACCUGUCCCCCCCCAGUCCAGACCUUCCAGACCUGUCCCUGUCCCUGUCCCCCUCCGAUCCAGCAGGGCUGUGUGCCCAUGGCCAAGGGCAUCCCCCGCCAGCAGCAGAAGCAAGUCUGCAAAGUGCCAGCCCGGAAGAUCAAAUAAAGGACGUGAGGAGUGAGGGGAAGCCAAGGGAAUUGUCCCUGUCCCCCCUCCUUGUCCUGCUUUGUCACCCAUCUCUCUCUGUCCCUCUGCUUGUAACGCGCUCUGAAGUUGUGACCCACUGAUGCUGUGAAAUUUAAAAUGCUUUUCACCUCAUUUCACAGCAGAUGUGGAGGCAAUAAAAAAUGCUGGUUCAAGCCCC